AAAGGGUAAAUACUUUCUAAUGCUUAGAGGCAUAGAAUUGAAAUUCUUCGCCAAAAAAGAAGAUCUUGUGUUCUCACGGAAUCUAGUAAAUCCAAAAAUGAAUUCAAUGUAUUUCAAUAAAAAUAUUUAAAUUUAGCUUUAUUAAUUCUUCUUGCACUCGUACCAGAUCAAUUAACAUCAAUUGUUGAAGCAUAUACAUUAUAUACUUUAGCAUUAAUUGCGGACUGUGAACAAUAA